AUGGAUUUCAAGGGUUUAGGUGAAAUAGAAAAAGCUUUUGUUCCAUUGCUAGAGGAAGUGUGUUCAUGGCAUCCGUCACUAGUUGAUUGCCAACGGAAGAGGCGUCGCAAGUAUUCUGAAUUGGCAUUCACAACUCUGGGUGAGGUUCUACAAUUUUUGAAGACUAAGAAAGUGAAAGAUAUGGAUGAUGAUGAAUGUAAGCAUCUUCAGAAUUUAUGGGAGGAGCUUGAAACAUUUGGGUUUGAUUUGUCCUGGCUGGUAGCUCAUUAUCAAUAUGCUUUAGACAUGAAAGGUUAUAGAAAGAAAGUUGAGCAUGUGAAAAGGAUGGAGGAGAAAGUAGAUGCUUUAGAACUGGAACUUGAAGUAGCAAGAAGAGAGUUGAUGAGCCUAAAAGAAGUAGUUAAAGAGAAACAUUUGGAUGCAAAACUAGGAUAUGGAGGGUGA